ACGAGUGUGAGAAGGACAAUGGGAAAGGACAAGCUGGAGGAAGACUCCUUCCCCCUGGCCAUGCAGGACCUUCUGUGUAUGAACAACGACUUCCCCCCCCGAGCUCACUGCCUGGUCCGAUGGUACGGCAUCAGAGAGUUUGUGGUCAUCACUCCAGGAACUAACUGUGAGGCCAUCAUCAGUGAGUCCAAAUGCAACCUGCUGCACAGCUCUGUGUCCAUCGCUCUGGCCAACAGCGGCUGCCAGGUGCCCAUGUUCGUGCAGAUCCAGCAGAAGUGGAGGCGGGUGUAUGCUGGAGAGUGCCAGGGGCCGGGGGUGCGCACAGACUUUGAGAUGGUCCACCUUCGCAAAGUGCCGAGUCAGUACAAUCACCUGUCAGGCCUGCUGGACAUCUUCAAGGCUAAGAUAGGUUGUAACCUGUCCCCUCUGCCUCCGAUCAACAUCGCUAUCCGCUUCACGUACAUCCUGCAGGACUGGCAGCAGCACGCCUGGCCUCAGCAGCCUCCAGGUACUCGAUACAUGGGAGGAUUUAGAAACACAUUAUCAGAGAGGCCAACUCAGUGGGCAUGUUUAAAGACCAGCUAAAGACACAUCUUUUUAGAUUAGCUUUUCAUUAGCAACUCCCCAUUUUAAAUGUUCUUUUAGUC